AUGGAUUCAAUGUAUGCUGCACCAGAAUAUCUCCAAAAGGUUGAUGAAUACUUCAAAAAAACGCCUGUGAAGCAUUGGCAUGACUUCGCCACCUUUGUCAAAAAACAACCAUCGAAUAUCAUUAACAGCAUAUUAUCACGAUAUUGUGGCUCCUUAGUCGCUCUUAGCAAUGAAUCAGCCGUGCCAGAGGAAGUUCGAGAAUAUUGCAGGGAACUUCAUAAAGCAGCUACUACAUCGAAGAAGGAACAUUUUAAAGAGAUUGCAAAACAUGUCAUAAAAGUCAAGACUACCGAGGACCGCAUUGUUAGAUUGAAGAAGGAACUCUUGAUAAAUGCCAAACUGGUGAGCGGUUCACAUGUCGCUGUAGCUCUUGACAACUGGAAUCCUGAGGAUGGUGAGGAAGCACAAGACAAAUUUGAGGAAGAGCAUGAGGACGGUGCAAAACUGCAGGAAGCACAAGACAAACUUGAGGAAGAGCAUGAGGACGAACCUCCAGACAGCAUUUCUACUCCUUCACUUGAUGCUGAUCAAUUACUGAUCCCAAAUAAGCGAGUGAUAGCAGACCAAAACAUUCAAUUAUAUAUAGAUGAUGUGUACAUCAUCACAGCUGAUAGUAUGACACCAGAGGAACUAGUGGCAAGAGUAGGUGAAGAGACAGCAAAGGAUAUUAUAUCAGCACGGAGUACCAGCCCUAAUAUAUGGACAGCUGUAGAGAAAUAUGUUGAGAGUGCUCUGCAGACCAAGAGCACAGCUUUCGAAAAUAACAACAAUGACGAAAACCUCUUUAAGUUGUAUUGCAAGAAGGUCUUGGACGAUUUUUUCAAUAUGGUCGAUAUAUCUCCCAAUUUGAGCCGCGCAAUUGGAGAACGAAAAUAUUUAACAUAUCAUGUAGUUCCAUUGUUCAAAUUCUAUGAGCGAACCUUCAGUACAAUCGAUUUUGAUUGGGCUGAAACAAACAUGAGCUCAGCCAAAAUGAUGAAAUCACAAGAAGACUCUGAAAUCAUACUAGCUGAUGCUAAAGGUACACGGAUGCUGGAUGGAUUGGAGGUCUGGCAUCUUGAGAUUGCUGGACCUCUAAUACUUGAGGAUUCUAAGAAAACACUGCGUACAGACGCCCUCAACCUUUUGCGAAUUUUGGAAGAUAGACUAGACUGUGAUGUUGCUCUUGCAAGCAAGAUAAAGGUUUUCUCAAUGCUAGGCAUUGAUACACGCAUCACACUAUAUUCACUGAGGAUGCUUAAGGAUGGCCAAUUUUUGGCAACAGAGUUGGCCACAGCAAUAGUCCCAUUCAGUUAUAAUGGAAGAAUGCAGAUGAAGGCUGUAUUACGUAUGAUGGCAAUAGUGCAUGAUGAAUUGACAAAGCAAGAAGCAUUACUUGCAGAAAUUGAUCGGCAUGUCACCCGUCCUGAAGGAAAAGUUACUGUCCGUGAGGUUCUGCAUAUACCAAAAAGACUGAGAACCAAAUAA